AUGCAGUUAUGGCUGCUUAUAACCGGUAUCGUCGUCUGUGGGAUUCUGAGUGCCCUGUUCUCAGGCCUCUCCCUCGGAAUAAUGAUGCUGGAUACGCUGCAGCUGAACCUGCUGAUCCUGGUGUCCGAAAAAGACAAGAAGGAGCUGAACAACGCCAAGAACGCGAGGAAGAUCCUCCCGCUGCGCAACAACACCAAUGAGAUCCUCGUGACCUUCAUCACGGCCAACGUCAUGGUGAACUCCGCCUUCAGUUUGCUACUCAGCGAGCUCACCGAUGGAGUCACUUCGUUUAUCAUUUCGACGCUGAUCAUUACCAUUUUCGGGGAGAUAAUACCGCAGUCCAUUUGCUCCAAGCACGGGUUGGCCAUCGGCGGCUUCUUCGCGCCCCUCAUUCACUGCCUCAAGUUUUGCCUCUUCAUCUUCGCCAAGCCGACGAGCCUCAUCCUGGACCACUUCGUGGGUACGUCAGCAGUAGGGGAGGGGAAGAGAAAAAACGGGAGGACGAACGUGCUGAACACGUACAACAAGAAGCAGCUGAAGGCGCUGGUGGACGUGCACAAGAGCGCGGCGGACAUCCUGCACGAGGACGAGGCGAAGAUCGUCGUGAGCGCCCUGGAGAUGUCCCAAUACAAGGUGAUGCACAUCAUGACUGACAUCGAUUACGUCUUCGGGAUAGACUACAACAGCUUUAUUAAUUAUGAAACGAUCAAACGGAUUCUAAAAAGUGGGUUCUCUAGAAUACCCGUGUUGAACAGAUGUAACUCAGAAUGUGUAGUCGGACUCAUCCACAUAAAGGACCUCAUUAACAUCUGGUUUGGCAUAAACAAAAUUAUUUUUGAUAAUAAUUCGCUGGUGCAAUGUAGGAAGAGGAGAGAUACCAGCAAGCAUAGGUAUUUCAAGAAGAGGUCCAGAACGGGUAUCUUUCAUUUAAUAAAAAUGAAAUCGGAGAAGAUUAGAAUUGCCAAUAAGAUAUAUGCCUACGAUGGGGCGAGGAUUCUUGGCCGUUGCUCUGCUUCGAAUAGGGGUGAUGAUGCACCUCGUCGUGCCAGUCAGUCCACCACCACGUGUAGUAAGCGAAGGAGGAAGAUCCCAGUGAAUGCACACCCCUCUGGUCAGAAGCCGAACGGAUACGACACCGAUACGGCAGAUGAUGAAAACGACUGGGAUAGCACCCUGGGGAAAGAAAACGGAGCGGAGGGGGCGGACGACGCCGCCAACAGGGGAGACCCCUCCGCCAAUGGGGAGGAAGACGACCCCCAGGACGGAGUGGAAGUCGUCGACCUGAAGGGCGGCGCGGAGGGGCACCUGAGCACCGACAGCGAAGUGGAGCCCGCCCAGGAGGCCUCCAACCCGGAUGAGGUGAAGAUAAACAUCGACGAGCGCCCCCACCGGAGGGGGACCAAGCAGGAGAACAGGACGAAGCAGGAUAACACGGCAAAGCAGGCCAAACCGGCCAAACAGACGAACGCGAGGGGAGACCAAGUCGGAGGCUGCGCCUCAAAUUCGGACCGGGAAAAGAAAAAGAAGAAGAAGGUGCAGAUCCACGUGGAGGGCGAGGAGCCGCGCGCCGGAUGCGGCGGCUACUACGAUGGGGAAGGCGGCGGACGGGGGGGAAGCGACAAACGGGGUGGAUUGGACGAAAUCGUCAGUCCAUCAAAGCUGCGAGAGCGAAAGAAGAAGAAAGUUAAAAAGACCUACAAGAACCCCUACGAACACAAAAACAGGAAUGUAAAUUUCGUGGAGUUCCUGUCCGACCAAAUGAUGCUGAAUGGGGAGGACGAGCAGGAGUCCUCUUCCCCCGACGAGGUCGUAUUCACCGACAUUCAAAAGAGAAUAAAAUACUAUAGCAGAAUGAACAAGGGAGGGGGGGGAGAUGCCAACGGAGUGGCUGCGAAAGCGCUACAGGGGAAGCCCCGCCCGGAGAAGGGCAAGCCGGCGAAGUGGGAGAAGAGCGGGCAGAGCGGCCCCGGCACAAAGGGAGCUACCCCCCCGAGCGGCAGCCCAAGCGAUGGAGGCGACCGGGGAAACGCCGCUCACGCCGGGGGAAAUGCCGCUCACACCCGGGGAAACGCCGCUCACACCCGGGGAAGCACCACUCACACCCGGGGAAGCACCACUCACACCCGGGGCAGCGCCGCGCACAGCAGCAUCAGCGACAUCGCCUCGAACCACGGGCGAAACAGAUACAUCUCGCAAAGCAUCAUGAUCAAAGAAAACCUUAACAAAGAAAAAAACAUGCAGCACAUCUUCCUAGACAUAAAAAAUUACAUUCGCAUUGCCAGAAAUAAAGACAUUGAAAUCCCAGUGAAGUACAUUCUGAAGCACAUCGGGAGGUACAUAUACGGGGUGGAUUACAACGAAAGCAUUUUGUCUCUGCUGAGCUUCUUCAAAAGUGCCAACAAUCACAUCGUGGUAGUGAGAAAAGUUAUUUACGAUGAGCAUGCCGAUCCCAAGUACGCCCACAUUGGCAUCAUCACCCUGGAGGACGUCAUUGAAAUCCUGCUGCAGGAGGAAAUAACGGACGAGUUUGACUUCCGCAGUGUUAAGAAGGGCACCGACAUUCCUUCCAACUUCGUCUGGAAGAACUCGGACGAGUCCAUCGGCAGGGCGAAGCAGCAGGGCGAGCCGCUCCGAGGUGAGCCACCGCAAGGUGAGCCGUCCCAAGGUGAACCAUCCCAAGAUAUACCCCCCCAAGGAGAGCCGUCCAAAGGAGAGCCGUCCAAAGGAGAGCCCCUUCCAAACCAGUCACCCUCGCCGCAUUCGUCACACUCGUCAUAUUCGCCACCUUCGCCGGCAACCCCGCCCCAGCGCGCGAGGCCCGCCAGGAAGCAGACGCUCAUGCCGAGCUGCAAACGGGAAGUCAUCAGCUUCCUAAAGGAAAGCGUCUACUUCAAGUACAUCGACACGCAGCUAAUCAGCAAGUGCAUCCAGCGGAAGAAAAUAAAAACGGCGCAGAAAAAUGAGUACAUACUGAAGGAAAACACCUUUUUAAAUUACGCAAUCAUCCUGAUGAAGGGGCACGUGAAAAAUAUAAAAAACGGAAGUACCAACGUACUCGCCCAUAGGUGCAUCAUUGCGCUGGAGGCACUCGGCCCAUGCAACAUCAUCGAACUGUUUAACAGUACCAUCGAGAAGAGAAUAAACGUACUCAAAAAUUAUGAAGAAGAAAAAAAAAAAAAAAAAAAAAAAAAAUCCCUAUUCUUUAAAAGGAAAAGUUCGGACGACAAGAAAGAUUCGCUGCGUCCCAAGUGGACGACCUCCCUCUCCAGGGACAACAGGAGCGUCCACCCAAAAAUGGAACACAGCAAUAUGGGCAGCAAUAUUGGCAGCGCUAUGGGAAGCGCUACGGGCAGCGCCAUGGGCAGCGGUCUGUCGAGUCACCCCUCCGGCGGACUGCGCAGCGGCCUCGCCAAGACCAACUCCCAUGUCAUUCACAAAAACAUCAACAUUUUGUUUAAGAAGUGGUACACCCAGCACGUGUACUUUAACAAGAGCGCGUGCAUCGCAGAAACCCCCUGCGAAUAUAUGAUUCUUUCCAAGAACGAAUACAUGGACAUGAUAAUUGAAUGCUACAGCAACAACAAGGUGGACGAAAUUAUUGAGGACAACUGA